UAAUACAUGAGGAAAAUACGAUUGAGCUUUUCUGCAGAUGAAACAGGAGCCAUAUUUACGUCUGAGAAAGAAAGGUGUUUUCUGAAUUCCAAUGCUUGCGUGGGUGUGAUGCAGCCGCCCCCUGGUGGUAACUACAGUUCAUUAUCGGUACGAUUCUCUCGUCAGUUGUGGACAGCCGCCUGUGCUGAAACUGAAACUGCCCAAGGCGUCAGCAGAUUCUGCUCUUCAGAUCUUUUCGGACUUUUGUCUGUCUGUAGGCUACUUCUGCUGCUUCAACAACUGGCUGCACUGAGAAUUGUGCUAAUUUUUCUUCUUCCUCUGCGUUUCAAUACUUUUACAACAUCUCAUUGGAAUACACCACCGACUGUUUCAGAGCUUGCCAUUCUUUGGACACUGAACAUCUAUGCGGAGUCAUAAUUCUUGUUUGACCACGUCGUGUAAAUGCCCUAAAUGACUAGACUUGAGAAAACGCAUCGAAGUUCCAAUGUGAUGAAUCUGUACAAGAGGAAAAUUACUAGGCUAAGAUGGGUAAUAAGCAAACGAUAUUUACUGAUGAACAGCUAGAUGCUUACCAGGACUGUACCUUCUUCACACGGAAAGAGAUCCUCCGGUUACAUGGGCGAUACCAUGAGCUGGCUCCACACCUAGUACCCAUGGACUACACCAACGAGCCUGAUGUUACAAUACCCUUAGCUCUUAUAGUCAGCAUGCCGGAACUAAAUGAGAACCCGUUCAGGAACAGGAUCGUGGAGUCCUUCUCUGAGGACGGAGCAGGGAACCUGAGCUUCAACGACUUUGUGGAUAUGUUCUCUGUCCUCAGUGAGACAGCCCCCAGGGAGCUCAAGGCCAUAUACGCCUUCAAAAUAUACGAUUUCAAUGUGGAUAACUUCCUGUGUAAGGAGGAUCUGGAGAAGACUUUGAACAAGCUGACGAGGGAGGAGUUGAGCCCUGAAGAGGUCACCCUGGUCUGUGAGAAGGCCAUCGAAGAGGCUGACCUAGACGGAGAUAGCAAACUGUCCUUCGCUGACUUUGAAAACAUGAUCACCAGGGCUCCUGACUUUUUAAGUACCUUCCACAUAAGAAUCUGAAAGGGCUCCUUGGAAAGGUCUAUAUUCUGAUUUUAUGGCAGAGAUCCUGAACAUGCAAAAAACACUGCCCACACACACCCUGACCACAGCACAGUGCCUCACUGCGGCUACAGACUCUCCCUGGAUGUCUGUCUGUAGAGAUGUCAGCUGAACCAGGAACAGACUGGCUUCGUUCUCACUAUGACCCUGGAUCUCUUCAGUUUGGUUGUCCUCUCUUAGAUACACCCACAUUCUCUUCAGCCUCCUGUGUUUCCUCUUCAUUAGCCUUCCUUGUUUUUCCUCUGUUUGGUUUGAGGAUGUCGUUUAGUUUUUUUGUUGACGUUUAUAUGUCGUAGUAAUAUUAUUACUACAGCCUCUGAUGGAACGAUGAUGCUUUUUAUGUUUUCUUAAAACGACAGAGAAACAGAAGGUGAAAUGGGAACCUUUAUAAACUGUUCCUCCCCACUCAAACCCAGACCAGCCCUGGAGGAAUACAAGCAGAUCCACAGAAACAUUUCCCUUGUGCCUCAGACCUCCAUACUCAGGUCUCCUUAAUGAACGGAUGAGGACCAUCUACAGCCCUGAGAGGUCAGGACCUGGAACAUGCCUGGUUGAAACCUGCCUGGUGUACAUUAUACAAGACCAGACGACAAAGAGAGAGCACAGACAGAGAGAGAGCACAGACAGAGAGAGAGCACAGACAGAGAGAGAGCACAGACAGAGAGAGAGCACAG